UCUCUCUGUUUACAUUUGUUACCUACUUAACCCGUUUUAAAAAUGGCUACUUGUAGUAGAAUUUUUCACAAAUCAAACCAAAACAAGAAAAACCCAUUUGUAAAACCAUAAAUGAAAAACCCCAGCUGGAAGAAAAUUUACCCAGCUCCUGAAAUCCUUUAGAUUUCACCAAAUUUUCUCAGUUGUAAAAUAUUUCAUUUUUUUUUUCUGGGAAAAUCAUGGAAGCUUCAGCUUUACCGGAGAAACCAGAAAUUUCUGCCGGAAACCGGCACAAUGGUGAUGGGAAAGAUGAGGACAGAAUGAAAGGUGAAGAGGGUGACCGGAACCUUGGCGGUAAUCGGUGGCCGAGGGAAGAAACUUUGGCUUUGUUGAAGAUAAGGUCUGAGAUGGAUUCUGUGUUUAAAGACUCUGGUCUCAAGGCUCCUCUUUGGGAAGAGGUUUCAAGGAAAUUAUCAGAAUUUGGGUAUAGCCGUAGCGCGAAGAAAUGCAAAGAGAAGUUUGAAAACAUUUAUAAAUAUCACAGGAGAACUAAAGAAGUUCGAUCUGGAAAAACUUAUCGGUUUUUUGAUCAGUUACAAGCUCUAGAUACCCAUUCUUUCCUUCCAUCUUCUUCCCCAGAAAGAAUUAAUUCUUCUUUAGUGAUGGAAAUUGACCCAAUAAGUACAGUAAAAAACAAUUUGCCAUGUCCUAUCCAAAAUCCUAGUUUAAAUUUUAUGGACAACUCUACCUCAACAACCUCAACAUCUAGUAAAGAGGUGGCUGGGAUACAAAAGAAGAAGAGAAAAUUGACAGAUUUUUUUGAGAGGUUGAUGAGAGAAGUGGUAGAGAAGCAGGAGAAUUUGCAAAAGAAAUUUUUAGAGACCAUAGAAAAGUAUGAACAAGAUAGGAUGGCAAGAGAAGAAGCUUGGAAGAUGCAAGAAUUGGCUCGGCUUAAGAGAGAGCAUGAGCUUUUGGUUCAAGAAAGAUCCAUUGCAGCAGCGAAGGAUGCUGCAGUACUUGCUUUUCUGCAGAAGUUUUCAGAGCAAUCAACUCCAGUGCAAUUGCCUGAGACCCCACUUCCUGCAGAGAAAGUUGUGGAGAGGCAAGAAUAUAGUAAUGGUGGCGAAAGUCUUUUGCAUUUGGGCUCAUCAAGAUGGCCUAAAGAUGAAGUUGAGGCUUUGAUAAAGUUAAGGACUAAUCUUGAUGGGGAUUAUCAAGAAAAUGGACCUAAAGGGCCUCUGUGGGAGGAGAUAUCGACAACCAUGAAAAAGCUAGGUUACAACCGAAGCGCAAAGAGAUGUAAGGAGAAAUGGGAGAACAUGAACAAGUACUUUAAGAAGGUUAAAGAAAGCAAUAAGAAAAGGCCUGAGGAUGCCAAGACAUGUCCAUACUUUCAUCAGCUUGACGCCAUAUAUAAAGAGAGGACAGCAAAGAAGGUUAAUGAUCCUGUUGGCACAGUCUAUGAGUUGAAGCCUGAAGAACUCUUAAUGCACAUGAUGGGCUCCCAAGAAGAGCGACAACAGCAGGACGUAGCAAUAGACAACAGCGGUGAAAGUGAGAACUUCAAUCAUAAUCAAGAAGAUGGAGAUAACGAAGAUGAAAACGAUCGAGACAAUUAUCAAAUAGUAGCUACUAAUCCAUCUUCAGUAGCAAUCAUGGGGUAAAGAAAGGAAAACACAAGCAGGGAACUUCCAUUUAGAACUAAAAUAAUUGUUGUGCUCAACUUUAUGAUGUGGGUCAUGUCCUCUUUACACACAGCAAAGUAGUCAAUUUCCAUUGGCUCAUUCCAUGGCCUACUGCAUCAUAUUUUUUUGGAUGGGAAUUUCCGGCAUUCAAAACCCUUAAUUUGCAAACAUACGAAGGUAUCUGGGAAAGGCUUAGUGUCUAGCAAUAUACAUAUAUAUAAUGUGUGUGUGUGUGUACAUGUAUAUGUUCCAUCAUUUGUUGAAUAAAUUUGUGAAAGAGAUAGUGGGAGAAAGCUCAGAGAGUGGAAUAAGACCAGGCAGUGUGUAAUAUACAUUUAAUAUUCACAUUUACAUUUAUAUAUCAAUCAAUGUAUCAGUUGCAUUUAUUUA